CGUCCCCUCGCCGCCGCCUGCCAUCCGCCGGCAGCUCGCGCUCCUCGUCGCCCAUCCGCCGCUCUAGCAUCGCCUGGUCCGUGCCACAAUGGAGCCGUGGCACCGUCACCUCUCGCCGCCGCGGCCCGCCGACGACGACGGCAGCAGCGAGGCCGUCGUGGGCGCCCCGCCGGCGUACGACGACGCCGCGGCGACCGCACACCAGGCCGCCGACGCGCCGCACGACGCCGACGGCUCCGUCUACGUCGACGACGGCGCCGGCUCGGGCGCGUUUGCGUACAAGGACGAGGCGGCGGCGGCGCACCACAUGGGCGCCGCGGCCGACAUGCUCGACGCUGCCGCCAUCGGCAUGGCGCUGCAGCACGACACGUCGUCCAGCAUGGCCGUCGACACGCCCGCCUCGGCCGACGCCGCAGCCGACACCUCGUACAGCGCCUCGCCGCGGCAGGUGCCCACGCCGCAGCAGCACAACACGCCGUUCGCCAAGCAUCUCGGGCGCAACCGCGCGUGCGGCGCGUGCCGCGACCGCAAGCUCAAGUGCGACGGCGCGCGCCCCGUAUGCGGGCAGUGCGGGCGGGCGUGGGCAGUCAAGAAGAAGAGCAUGCUCGCAAAGGGCCACUCGCAGGCCGAGGUUGACUCGAUCGAGUCGCCGUGCCAGUACAUCAGCCUCGAGCCCAAGACGCAGAAGAAGCGCGCCAGCAGCUCGGGCGGCGGCAAUGCGUCGGGCAGCCGCAAGAAGGCCAGCGUGCAGCCGGGCGACGAGACGGAGAAGGAGAACAUGCGCCUGGCGCGCGAGGUCGCCGAGCUUCGCGCCCAGCUCGAGCAGCAGCAGGCAAGCUCCUCGUCGUCCCGUCUGCCCGACGGCAACGGUCAGCAGCAAGCCAUGCCGCCGCAGAACGGCUCGCGCUACCAAGGCGCCACCUCCGAUGAGCUCUCGAUCGCCGAGAUCCUCGCAACGACGAUGCGUGCCGGCGACGGCGGCUUCACGCGGACGAACUCCAGCCCAGGCUUCGAUGUUGAUGCCGCGCACGGACGCAUUGCGCUGGACCCGAGCCUGGAGGACUUUGUGGAGAGCCUGCCGAACAUCGGCAUCCACGUGCCCGCCAACGUGGCUGGUACGGGCGUGUACCCCCACCCGCUGCCGCAGCACGCGGGCAAUCGCGGCGGCGAGCACCACUCGAUCAUGGACAACCUGCUGGGCGAGAACGGCAGCAGCCGCGGCGCGCGUGCGUCGACUGGCGGUAACGCUGGCGACGCAGACCCGAUGCUCGAGCUCGUGUGGUCUGGCUGGCCCUCGGACUUCCCGCCGCCGCAGACGGUGAACGAGCUCGUUGGCGUCUUCUUCGAGAAGUUCAGCUACCUGCACAUCUUCCACCCGGCGCGCUUCAUGCUGGCCAUGUCGCUCGGGCCGACAAACCCACGCUACCCGAACCCCGCUAUUCUGCACGCCAUGUUCGCUCUGGCGUACACGAUCCGGCCUGAGCUUGACCCAGUCGCGAGCAAGCGCAACGAAGAGAACUCGACGCAGCGGGCGGCCCAGCUCGUCGUCAAUGCGCUUGCCACGACGACGAACAAGUACCUGCCGCUUGCUCAGCGCCUGGCCGAGGGCACGUACGACCGGCACCAGGGCUCGCCUGGCAGCGCCGCGUAUCACACGCAGCGCGCUCAGCAUCACAUCACUCACGGCACGUGGGAGGGCGGCAACCUGUACGACAUCAUGCGCGCCGCGACGCUGCUGUGCAACAAGAAGUAUGCAUGUGGCGAGCUGCUCGACGCCUGGAUGCUGUCAGCACACUGUACACGGCUGGUGGCCGCCCUAGGCAUGAACCGCUCUGAGAAGCGGCACACGCCUCGCAGCAACGGCCGGCCGAUUGACGUCACGCGGCUCAGCAUGAGUGCCCCGCCGGUCGACUGGAUCGACGAGGAGGAGCGGCGCCGCGCCACGUACCUCGUCUUCAUCACCGACGGCAGCGCCGCCGCGACGACGCUGUGGCCGGGCAGCCUCGUCGAGGAAGACGUCAGCUGCGACCUGCCCGUGGUACCCUCAGACAAGUGGGUCAACUCGGACCUCUCCGGCGUCGACUACUCGCAACGGCAGACGCUGCAGUCGCCCGCGCUCCUGACGACGCAGCACGUCGACUCGCUCUCGCUGCUGAUCAAGGGCUUCCUGCUCGUCUCGCGCGCUGGCUGUCUGCUGGCGCGUCUGCCCGUCUCGCCGACCGAGGAGGACCUGAUGACUUCAGACUUCCACCAGCUCAGCAACAGCAUUGGCUCGUACAGCAUGUCCAUACCGCCGCAGCUGGCCUCAUACGCGGCGCUCAAGGCGGACGGGCACGUCGACGUGGCCCUCGUCACGGCCCACGCGUUGCCGCACCUGGCCACGCUGCUGCUGCACGACCCCAUGGUCAACACGCGCAACGAGAGCUUCACGCUGUGCAGCGCAGCGUGCAGCGGCGUGCUGGGCAUCCUGCGUUUCCUGGCGAUGAACGGCGAAGACCUCGCUCUGUUCCCUGCGAUGUUCACCUACGCCAUCUCCUUGACGGGCAAGAACAUCAUCCGGCGCUACAUGCGCUCGCUCGCCACGAGCGAUCGGCGGCCGCAGGAGCUGGCGCGCUCGGAGAUCGACCUCAUCAUCCGCAGCCUCUGCAAGUAUGGGCAGCGCUGGGCCAUCGGAUACCGCCAAGCACAUGCCCUGGCGAGCGAGCUGGGCAUCGACUUCCACCCCGAGACGCUCUCCGACACGUUUGGCAUCUUCGACGGCCCGCAGGUGCCGCCCGGCCAGGGGCAGCCGCGGCACGACUCGCACGAGGCCGCCUCACACGCCGGCAGCAGCCCCGAAGACUUUUUCCGCGCAAGGUAGAGCGCUACCCCGGCAACGCCCAGCGCUGCGAUCUGUCUCCCGCGCCGAGCGCGCAUUCGGCUCCUAGCAAUACCAUGGUCUGCAAAAG